GGCGUGUGUUAAGAAGGGAGGGUCCGCCACGCGACGGCUCACACACUUUCGCGCAGCCAAGCGGUGCACAGUGCUACGGCAAUACUUCUCGGAUCGCGAGGUAGGCCGAGCGUGAGACAGCAUGGGGCGCAGCGCAGAGAUGGGCUCAUGCGGCAAGUGCGUUCGUUUCUUCAUGUUCGCGAUGAACUUCAUCAUAUGGCUCGCCAGCAUCGCGAUCCUGGUGCUGGGCAUCUGGACGGUGGUGGACCGGCCGUACCUCGAGCAGCUUCUGGGGAACGACCUCUACAUCACCGCCGCCUACAUCCUCAUUGCCACGGGCUGCGUCAUCUUCUUCGUCUCCUUCCUCGGCUGCUUCGGGGCGCUCAAGGAGAUCAAGUGCAUGCUGCUCUCGUACUUCAUCAUCGUGCUGCUCCUGUUCAUCAUCGUCCUCAUCGGCGGCAUCCUGGGCUACGUGUUCAAGGACAAGGCUUCGGUCAGCGUGAAGAACACCAUGACGAGUGCCAUGAGGGACUACAAGCCUGACACGGACAUCCCCAUCACCAAGGCUUGGGACGAGACCCAGCAGGCGAUGAAGUGCUGCGGCAUCACGGAGCAGAGUGAGUGGCUGAAAUACAACAGAAACUUCAAACAAACCGGCAACAAGGUUCCGAAGUCUUGCUGCAAGAAUGACCCCAAUACUGGAAAGGUUAUUGAAUGUCAGAACAGCCCAACCGAAGACAAUUCGUACACAGAAGGCUGCUACAAGAAAGCCAGAGAUUUUGUCCAGGGUCAAGCAGUUAUUAUAGGGGGCGUGGGCAUAGCCGUCGCCUUUAUAAUGCUGGUUGGCCUCAUCUUAUCCAUCAUCCUCUUCAAGCUAAUCAACUAAAUGCCAUGAGAUACUGUAUUUCAAAACUUGUCAGGGGUAAAAAUAUACUGUAAGACUUUUUGUCAACUGCAUUAUCUUCUUUUUUUCUAUUUUUUUUUUAAAUGAAAUCCCUGUACUUUGAUGCAUGACUCUUUCAGAAGGAAAACAGUUGAUAUGAGAUUACUCGUCUGAUUUUAUGCAGUUCAUGAAAUGUGUUUACAGUAUGAGCUUUAGCUAGACUGUGGUUUGCAUAGGUUUAGCUUAUGUGGUUCUUGUCAAGAGAAAAAGUGUAUGUGUUUUAUUUAUAUCUAUCUUAGUACUUUUUAUAUU